AUGUAUUUUAAUUGGAAUUUGUUCUUCAUUUUAUUAAUUAAAAUUUUCACGUAUAUCCGGCAUGUGAAAACGAAUGAAGUUAUCGGUUGUGGCGGUUUUAUAAAAAGUCAUGCAGAAAUAGAUUUUUCUAAAGUCGAAGUGAAAUUGCUCACUAAAAAUGGAGCACUAAAGGACAAAACGGAUUGCUCCCCUUCGAAUGGUUACUACUUUUUACCUAUAUACGAUAAGGGUGAUUACGUAUUACGUAUUAGUCCACCUCCUGGAUGGAGUUUUGAACCAAAGGAAGUGAAAAUUACCUUUGAUGGCAAAGCAGACAUUUGCAGCUUGGGACACGAUAUAAACUUUGCAUUCAAAGGUUUCGGUAUAACGGGACGCGUAAUUUUAGGGUCGAGUGGAGCACGUGGCAUUCAGGUGCAGCUACGUUCAUUAGAUGGCCGCCAAGAGCAUAGCAGCGCAGUCACCGAUAUUAAUGGAGUAUUUUCGUUCACGCCCAUAAUACCGGGCGAAUAUGAAUUGGAAGUCGUUCGUUCGAAAUGGCAUUUCGAAAAAGCCAAACAUAUAGUUGUUGUUAAAGAGGGUAACACGGAGCUGCCCGUCAAUGCAUUAACUGUAUCAGGUUUUGAUGUUAGCGGACGUUUUGAAGCUACAAACGACUUGGAUUUAAUGAUGGUCUUGUUCAAAGAAAAGGGAGAUAGACAACCGGCGGCAUGUCCUAAGCAAAUCGUUUGUGCUUUAGCCCAACACGAUAACGACUUAUAUGAAGCUACGCCAUUCACUUUUGCCAAAGUUAGUUCUAGCGGUGAUUAUUUAUUUAGCAAUGUUGCGGCCGGCAAAUAUUUGCUAAUGCCUCUGCAACUAAAUUCUAAUUUGAAACUACAUUGGGAGCCUAAAUGCUACGAAUUCCAAGUAAACAAAGACUAUGUAGAAAUUAAAACUGCAUUUAAGAUUGACGGUUUCAAUGUCGAAGGUCAAGUUUUAAGGGGUGCCAGAGGUUCUCCUUUAUCGCAGGCUGUUAUCAAAUUAAACGGCCAACACGUGACUGUUACCGAUAAUAAGGGCUUUUUCACUUUGGCCAAGAUACCAUCUACUGGAACCUACACUAUCCAAGUGGAGGCACCACGCAUGAAGUUCCCUGCACAACAAAUUCAGUUGCAAUUAAAUACUUUCUCAGUACCACCUAUUGUGCCUAGUGGAUAUGAAGUUUGUGGUGUCGUAGUAACAAAGGGCUCAUAUACCGUAGCAAUCAAUGAGCCACUAUCAGGAUUUUUCACUACAGUCAAUACAAAUGAGUCUGGAGUGUGGUGUACUUUUUUACCAGCGGGCAAGUUCAAUGUGGAAGUUGAAAUCUCUAAAGAAGAUAAAGCAAAUGGUGUCCAAUUCUAUCCAUUGCAACAAAAUAUUGAAGUUAAAAACCAACCAUUAGAUGGCAUUACCUUUUCACAAUUGCGAGCAACUGUGCAUGGUAUGUUGAAAUGUCUGAACGAUGCUCCACGCUCAGUUUGCUUGGAAACAGAAGUUUCUUUAAAUAACUUAGAUGCUAGUGGCCAGGCAAAUGGACAAAAGCUUACAGUGAAUGCUAAAGAUGGCCGUUAUAGCUUCAAGAAUGUGUUACCCGGGCCAUAUGAGGUUACCAUACCGCGUUACAAAUUAUGUUUUAAUUCCACUCGUCUUCUAAUCAAUGUCAAUUCGGUGGUGACUGCGGUACCAGAUUUCGAACAACAUGGAUAUGAAGUAGAUUUUAUAUCCAGUCAUAGAGCUAUGUUGACGUACUCUCACAGCUCAAAUCCCAACUUCACAAGUACUUUAAAAUUAUUGGCCGGUCAUAAUGCGCUGUGUGUUCAGAAAUAUGGCAUUUAUUAUAUCAAACUGGAAGGAUGUCACCUUUACGAUUCUGAUAGCCUACCUUUAAGUUUUAGCACCGCCGAUCCCUCUUCUAUAGUAAUCAACGCCAUCGCUCAUAAAGUGGGCUUACGAUUUCUAUUACCGAAACCUUUACCAGAAAAAUUUCAACUGUAUGUAGAAUCACAAAGCUUAGGCAAACAAUGGGUUACGCCCUUGGAUGAAGGUCAUAUCGUAGAUGAGAUGUUUUGUUAUCGUUACGAUACACAUUUAAAACCGGAAGAGGUGCUAUAUAUAACACCACGCAGUGAAGUGCUUUUGUUUGAACCACCUUUCAAGCAAUUAACAGGAGGCAACGAUUGCGUUGAUGUGGCUUUUACUUUUGUAGCUUCACGUGGGUUAAUAUUGCAAGGCAAUGUAAUGCCCGCUAUUAAGGAUGCUAAAAUAACGUUGAGUUUCCCUCAAAAUCCUGAAUUGAAAACACAAACGUACAUAACCACAGAAAAAGGAGAAUUUAAAUUCGGCCCUAUACAUCAAAACUUACAUUACGAUUUAAAGGGUGAAAAAGAGUCUUACGUAUUUUCCGAAUAUGACCAUUCUACCGCCACAUUUAAGGUGCACAAGUUAUGUGAAAUCAUUGUAAAUGUUAAGGAUGAGGCUGGGAAACAACUGAGUGGCGUUCUCAUAUCCAUGAGUGGUGGCGAGAGCUAUCGUAAAAAUCUAAUAACUGGAGAAAAUGGACAGAUUGUAUUUCAUUCGCUGGCUCCGUCCCAAUAUUUUUUGAGACCGAUGAUGAAGGAAUUCAAAUUUGAGCCAAAUUCCAAAAUGAUUGAAUUGAAGAACGGAGAAACCAUUGAAAUGGAAAUGAUCGGUAAACGUGUAGCUCAUUCAGUGUUUGGUAAUGUUGUUUCGCUUAAUGGUGAGCCCUUUUCUCAGGUGAACGUUCAGGCGAAUGCUGGUGAAUCUUGUAUGUAUCAUCAAGAAGAAGCUACUACGGAUGCCAAUGGUCAAUAUCGGUUACGUGGUUUACAACCAGGCUGCGAAUACACCAUACGUAUAAAAGAUUUCGAUACGAAAGUACAUCGCUCUAUACCUCCAAAACGUAUUGUUAAAAUAGCUCAUGAAGACGUUCGUGCUGUUAAUUUUGUAGGAAUUUCUCCACUGGGAAACGUGGACGUAGUAUGUCAUGUAACAGCUCCUUCAAACGAUUUCUAUAAAACCUUACGCGUAGUCCUCUAUCGUAAAGGUGCUUACGACACCCCACUUCAUACGCAACGCAUGGAAACACUACUCAAUCCUAAAGGACCAUAUAGUCCAGGUAUACUGGUUUUUCUUCCACCAAUACCUUUGGAUCACAAAACUACUUAUAUAAUAGAAUUGAGAACUACACUUUCCGAAUCCACUUAUACGUAUACAUUACCUUCAAAACAAUUUUUAGCUGAUAAAGGCACGAUUUACUUAGAAUUGCAUUUUAAACCAAAAUUACGCGCAAUUGACAUCGACCUCAACCAAAACUCGAUUUCGGCUUUAAUACUAUUGGCUCUGGUGGCUAUAGCUUUUUUCAAACAGGAUAUUGCCAUCGCUUUUCUAAACUUCAUAUGGACACGUGCCAGUGCGUUGAUAGAAAACUUCACUCAACAACAAAAGCAUCAAAGCAAAAAUAAUACUCGCAAAAUAGAACCAAUUAAUCAGAAGGAAAUCGAAUUGAUGGCCGAACAGAUAAAUGCUACGAAAAAGAAAAAGCCCAAAAAAAUUUAAAUUGAGUUUGAACACUAACCAAUAUUUGAUGUAAAAUAUAACGGGUAGAGUUAUUAGUUGUACCCUCUGUUUUAGAAACUUUUUAAUAAAUACGUAACUGCCAGUAUGGUAGUUCCUUUUAGUCAAAUA